AUGAGCAACAUCCACGUGUCUUGCCGCGUCCGACCGCAGAACGCGCUCGAGAAGAAGCAGGGCGGGCUCGACUGCGUCGCAACGCCCGACGGCAAGUCCCUCGAGGUGAACCCGGAAGACGGCUUCUCGACCGACUACCUCCGCUGUACGUUCGAUCAAGUGUUUCCGCACGACGCGACGCAGCGCCAGGUGUACGAGGCGACGGCCAAGUCGCUCGUCGUCGACCUCCUCGACGGCUACAACUGUACGGUGUUUGCGUACGGCCAGACGGGCUCGGGCAAGACGCACACCGUACUGGGGCCCAAGGAAGGCGUUGGCAGCAAGCCCGACGAGCAAGGGCUUAUUGCGCGCCUCGUGCACGAUAUCUUUGACCGCGUCGGGAUGCUCUCGUCCGAGACUGUCCACUUUGAGCUCUCGGGCUCGUUCCUGGAGAUCUACAUGGAGCAGAUCCGAGAUCUCUUGCAGCCCAACUUUAUCAAGAAGAACUUGCGCAUCCGCGAGAACGGACCGCGGGGCAUCUACGUCGACGACCUCACGCAUGUCCCGGCCACCUCCGAGGAGGUCAUGCUGCAGCUCGUCGAGCGCGGCAACACCAACCGCGUCGUUGCGUGCACACGCAUGAACAACGACUCGAGCCGGAGCCAUACGAUUCUCAUGAUCAACAUGACGCGCCGCGAUGUGCUGGCCGGCACGGAGAAGAAGGCGACCAUGUACGUCGUCGACCUCGCGGGCUCCGAGAUGGUCGCCAAGACCAUGGCGUCCGGCAAGACGCUCAACGAGGCGCGGGCCAUCAACAAGAGUCUCUCGGCGCUCAGCAACGUCAUCAAGGCGCUCGUCGAGGGGAAGAAACACAUUCCAUUUCGAGACUCGAAGCUCACGCGGCUGCUCCAAGAUUCGCUCGGAGGGCAUGCCAAGACCUGCCUCAUCGUGACCAUCUCGGCGAGCUCCUACAACGUGGCCGAAACCAUCUCGACCGUUCGGUUUGGCAUGCGGGCAAAAGAGAUCAAGAACGAGCCUCUCCUCCACGAGACGCAGAGCUUGGGCGUUGCCGAGUACCAGGAGAUGUACCAAGCGCUCUUGGCAGAGAACGCCGAGCUGCACGCGACGCUGCAGCAGGUGCAAGCGGAGAAAGAGACAUUGCUCGUCAAGUGCGAGAGCCUCGAGCGCGACGAGCUCGAGCUCGAGCCCGAGGAGCACGAACAUAGCAUCUCAACCGACUCGCAGACGUACUGCAUUUCGCUCGUCGACGUGGGCAGCCAGACCGCGCCAGUCGAGGCGCCGUCGUCGUCCAACAGUCUCAUGCAAGCCUUCUCGUCCUUUCUGUUCGUCGACAACCAGUCGCAGCGCCACCACCGAACGCAAUCGGUGGACGCGGUCCAGUCGCAACUAGCCGUCGCGAUGGACAAGGUGACGCAGCUCACCGAAGACCUGCGGCUUUGCCGAAGCGAGAACGAAGCGCUUAAGGACGUUCACGUGAUUCUGAGCGAGCAAAAUCGCACGUUCAAUGCGCGGGCAGCCGAGUUUGAAGCGUCGAUCACUGCCUUGCACGAGAUCAACAGCUCGAUUUCGGCUCAAAACACCGUGUUGAGCGAGCGCAACAAGGAGCUCGAAGCCAAAGCCGAGGCGCAGAUGCAGUCGCUGGCCUCGCAGAUGGAGCCUGUCUUGGCCAGUCCUGACGACCACACAACCGUCUCGGAGAGCCCGCAAAAGCACAUGGAAAUGCUGUCGCGCAAGCUCGUCGAGAUGAAGCUGCAUGCGCACUACGUGACCGAGUACGCCAAGGCCGUCCUCGACCACGAAAAGUACGAAGUCGUGUGUCAGAUGACCCAACUCCGCCUUCAGAACGAGCAGUUCCGGUACAACGAGCAUCAAAAAGAAGUCCAGAUCAAGGAGCUUGAAGCCAAGUGUGUGGCGCUCAAGGAAACGAUUCAAAAGAGUGAAGACCAUGCAAGCUCGGUCGAGCGCAGCGUGCAAGAGUACCAGUCGCUCUACAAGGAACAAGUCCGAUUGAGCCACGAGAAGCAACAACACUUGCUCAAAGAAGUCGACUACUACAAGAUGAUUUGGCACCGCGUGUCCAAGCCGACGAACGAGCCGAGCAACAACGCGGACGCCAAGACGCCAUCCUCGUCGCCACCGACGUCGUCCUUGGCGCUGGCGCUCGAGACAAUCGAGCCAACGCUGCACCGCCCCGCGUCCUUUAGCGGCGCCGUGCCCAGCGAGCCGCUUAGCCUCAUGGCGCUCAAGCGGUCGUCCCGAACCAUCGUCAAGCCGCUGUCGCCGUCGCCGCGCACAUUGUUAUCGCCCCGUACACCUCGACCGUCCCUCGAGGGCAAGGACGACGAGAACGACCCGCUGAGCAUCGUCUUUACGCAACAGUGAGGCGAUAAGUACGCAAGAAAUAAUGGGUUAUUACUGACACGGG